AGUUCGAUAGCGCCGGUUUUUUCGAUCAUUUGUAGCCAUCUUCAAAUUGUUCGAAAUGAUACUGCACCGUUCAAAUCCCGGAAGAUCUUUGUUGCACCGUCACCAUUCUCACGUUUAAUUUUUACGACAUUUCGGAGAUCUUUACUUUUCAUUUUGUAAAAAAGUUAUCUGGAAUUCUUCAAAAGCCUAUAACACAUUUUUUUGUAGAGAAAUAAACGGCGAUUCUUUUGGUAGAAAAAUGAGUUCUGUAGGUUGAAAGGGAGAGGAGAAAAAUUGAAAAUAAAAAAGUGGACAUUCUUUAUGUUACACCCGUUAAUGGACUAAACUAUUUACCCUUUUCGAUCUCAGCCACCAUAGAGGGUGAUGGUUUGAAAAUUUGUGAGCGCAUACUCCAUCGAGAAUGUAAGCCAACGACAGCAAUUGCGAGUUCACUGCAUGAUAUCUUAAGAAACUUAGAAAAAAAUAUGACUUUCAUUGCAGUCCUGUUACAGUAGAAAAAUCAAUGUUGCUGUCUUUUCAUAGUGGCACAACUAACCCGUAAAAUUUUUGCAUAAAAAUUAAGCCUGGGUUAUGUUCUUUUUCCAGCCAAAGAUGAGCUCAUUCAGUCUAAUACUGAGAUUGAGUUCACGGCACUAACAUGAUGAUUAUUAGUGUGCCAUUUCUUUCUAUUCUGAGUUCCGCUUCUGAAACUUUCUUUGAAGAGCACUAUGCGACUUUUGUGAACAUCGAUGAAUACAAUAAAAUGGUCAUGGGUCUUGAACAAGUUUAGGAACUUUAAUGGAAUUUGUAGGGUAGGUAUCUAGAACACAGCGCUAUAUAGUGACGAAUCGGUCAGGUCACAAGAGUUUUCUUUUUCAGAGUUAUGAAGCUUAAAGCGAAAAUAGGUACAUCAUAACUUCUCUUCUACGCAAGCAAUCCGUAUGCGGGUAGUGCCUUUGAUCUACAUUUCUGGUGGAGUAUAUGCAGUCAUAUUCCCAGAUUCCCAGCAUCUGUGGUGGUAGAGAUCUAAGGGAUGGAUAUCUUUGCUUAGUACUAUAUAUAUAUAAACAUUUGUUAAUACUUGAAUUAUUUCUAUUGCUUUUGUUUAAAAAGGUCGCUAAUCCCAAAUUAAGCCAUAAUCAAAUGAUUCAAUUAGCUUUACCCACUAAGAAAAAUAAACAUUUAUCAAUGGCUGAACAAAUGAAUAGAAACCAACAUCAGCAAUUAUCAUGCACAAUUGAUAACAAUGACAAGAUUAUCAAUAUAGCACGACGAAAAUCAAGUCAUAUAUAUGAACUUCAAUCAAAUCAAAUAUUGUUAUGUUUUACAAAAAUAGAAAAUGACUGCCACUACCUUAUUUUCAGUUCAAUUAUAAAAAUAACUAACAAUCUAACAUUACCAUUAGAUGUUCUUCACCCAGAAAAUGGUAGUGUAGUUGCUACAAUUACUCCUGAUGAUACAUAUUGUCUACCAAUGUCACUUUUAUAUUACGAUCACACAUCAACGGAGAUUUAUUUCAGUAUCAGUCAUAAUGAAAAUAUAUCAAAAUUUUCAUUGAAUUGGAACGAUAAUCAUCCUAUUUUAUAUGAUACUUUAAAUGUGAACAGAGACUUAAAUUAUUAUAUUGUUAUUUGUAAAGAAACUAUUAAGGCUUAUUCAGAAAACACGAAUAAUAUGAGCAGACAUUGUGGAUUCCACUUCUUUAUCCAAUCAGGAUUAACAGUACAAAAUUUAUUACCAUAUGAAUUACAACUUUAUGAUGAUGAUAAUGAAACACCUUUAUUAUCACUUGGUCCUACUGAAAAACAAGCAAUAAUAAACCGAAAUAAAGAUGCUAGUUUUAAAUUUAGAUUAUGUACUACGCUCGAAGUAUAUUAUACAUCUACGAAAAAACAAUUAGGUGACGAAAAAACUGAACUUGAAUUUUCGAAUUCAACAUCAACAAAGAAACUGUAUGCAUCCGUAAUUUCCAGUAUAUUUCGAGGUGUUCAUCAUAUUAUUAUUUAUUCGUAUUAUUGGAUUUUGAAUAAAACUGGAUUAAACUUAUUACUGAAGACAUUAGUUUGUGUUGCAAUAAAUGCACAAUCACCCAAAUCUGACAUUAAAAUUCUCAGUCGAGCACAAACUAUACAGUGUAAAGCAGCAAACAAUCAGAUAUAUAAUCUACUUAUUACUAUAAAGCAAAGUUCAUUUUCAAAGACAGAAGUUAUUACAAUAUCAUCAGCAACCGUUAUCUUCAAUAAUUCUAGUUUUAAGCUCGAUGUAGAAUAUAUCGAAACAAACAAUGUAUAUCGUCAACAGCUAUUCUUGGAUAUAAAUAGCACGAAUCCACUUUGGUCGAGUAGUCUUAACGAAGGAAUAUUACGUAUUAAAUUACAUACAGACACGGAGAUUGUACAAGUUUAUUUAACCGAAACGCCAUCACGUACACUAUUAAAUAUGGGAAAUGAAAUUAAUAUUAAUAUUGAACUGAAAAAAACGAAAUUGAAUAGUUAUCAUAUAAUUUUGACUGAUAGUCAUACAAUUAAUGAUGUGCCUAUUUUAAUAAUAAAUCGAAAUAAAUUUCCAAUUACAUAUUGUCAAAAUCAUAACAAUGAACUUCUAAAAUGUCCACCAGAAAGUUAUGUAUAUCAUACGUCCAAUUAUUUGAAUGAACUAGAUCGUUAUGUAAGUAUAACACAUAAUAAUCAAUCGUAUAAAAUUGACAAUCAUAAAAUACCCAAUUUUUCUACUGACUAUAUUCAAUUAUUUGAUCACGUUCAUCGUAUUGUUUAUUUAUUUGCAAAUAAAAAAUAUUUGAAUAACGUUUGGAAAUUAGUAUCAUUAGCGUAUAAAUUUAACAAUUGUGUUCAACUUAAUAUUGCUCAUUUGGGUUUAUCAAUCGUAAAUGAUUUAAAAUGCCAAGAAAUUGCAUAUAUAACCGUUCGUAAUGCAUAUGUCACUUAUGAUUGGUCAAAAAAAGAAGAUCGUCUGAAAGCAACAGUGAAUCAGCUUCAGGUAGGAUAUCAAAACUUUUAUGUUGAACGUGUUUUACAGUUCAAAGAAUCAUAG